CUUUUGAUUCGAAUUACAAAGACAAAAUAGAUAUGCCGGUAGAUCCAAACCAAGCAAUGCCAGACAUUUCACACAGAUUCAAAAUUUUCCAGACUUCUUUCGCUCGAGACCCUAACUCUGAUCUUAAGAAUCUAAGACAGAAAUAGCUCAAGGGUCCUUCACAGAGGAGCAGACAAUUUAUCGUUUCAAAAAUAAGAGAGGGAUUAAAUCACCUGAGAAUAUUAGACCCAGAGCCAACAACUCUAAAUUGCCUGCCAUCCUGUCUCCCAGAGACAAAAGUAGGAAGACCAGGGCUGGCAAUCUGGACAUUGCCCAGGUCAUUCAGAAGGAAGAGAAAAAGAAGGUAAUAGAGACAUGGAUAAAUGAUACCCUUAAAGAAGCUGAGUACCUUGAGAUUCCUGAGGUACUCCUCAAGCCUCAAAAUAAGCUCCCUAUCUCUAGAUAUGGGAUUGAUAGGUUAUCUCUCAGCAAUGAGAGGUUAAAUUCAGAAAUGAUAGAUCGACUUUAUAAAACUUUAUUCGUAUACACAAACGGAUUUUAUGAGCUAAUAAAAGAAAUUUUGAAGCACAGCAAGCACAAAUUCACCACCGUUACAAGUAUUUUCAGAGUGUACAUAAUCCUCCUGGAGUACACAUGCAAGACUGAUUACAAAAUGAUCCUCUCUGCUCUCACAGAAGGGCAUAAAUAAUGAGCUAGACCAGAUCAAAACCCAGCAUAGCGAGGAUAUAGCUGAAUUCAACGAGAAAAUACAAGAGAUCCUUAAGAAUGAAAAUAUGCUUAAAUAACAAAGUCGAGUCAUUCCAGAAAACUAUCAUAGAAGAAAAAUAGCAAAAGAAUGAAACUUGAAGAGGAAUUCAUCGAUGACAAGAAGUAUCAUGAACAGGAGAUUAAGCUCAGACUUAAGUUUGAAGCCAAACUAAACUCAAUGCAUUCGUUACACCGUGACCUUGACCUACAGCUGAAGAGGUCUAACAAGCUUUAUGAAGAUACUUUCUUAAUGAAUAAGAAACUUGAAUCACAGUUGGAGAAAACUACAAAAGAUUUUAAGACUCUCAAGUUGAAAAAUACUGAACUUGAGGCUCAGAACUACCGCGAUCAGGAUAAAGUUAAAACUUUGAAGGCAGAUCUCAAGACUAAAUCUGACAUAUGAGAUGACCUCACAAAAAAACUCGACAAAUUGAAAUAAGAAAUAUGACAAAGAAAACUUUGACUACACAGUUUAUAAAUCAGAAAAUGAUCAAUUGAAGAUCCAGAUUGGCUUCCUAAAGGAGAAAAUCACAGAUUUGGAAAACUCUAAAGAAACAGAGUCUGAUAAUACCAAAGAGCUCAAAAUAUGUCUCACAGAGAAAAGUGACAAGAUUACUAAACUUGAGCAGCUGUAUAAGAGCACUAAAGAAGCAUUAGAGAAGUCUUUAGUACAGCUUGAAGGGUUCCAGACCCUUAGAAAAGACAAGAAUCUACAAGUUCUCCACUACAAAAAGGAAGUAAAGAAACUGGAAGUAAAGCUUGAGGAAGAAGUCAAUGCCCACGAAAACACCAAGAUUGAUUGUGAAAAAUUGAAGAAUAAGUUUGAAAACCUUAAUACUGAGCAGAACAAUUUAAAUGAAAAAUAUCAAAUAGCCAAUAAGUUCAGAAAUGAUAUUGAAAUUGACCUCAAAGAUGAAAAGAUACUCUCAGCCGAGUUAGAAGAGAACAUCAGAGGCCUUGAAGGCAACAUUAAUGAGCUGAGACUUACCAUAGAGAAGCAAGAAAUUGAUAUCAACAAAUUGGAAAGAGAGUCAGAUACUAAAGAUAUCAAAGUUAAUUCAAUCCAGAAGCAAUAUUCUAUUAAAAUUGACCAACUUAAUGACAGGAUCUCUCAGUUCCAACAGCUUCUUAACUCUGAAAGGGAGAACAAGGCUAUCUGGGUUGCUAAAUUUGAGAAAGAGCUCAAGCUAAAUUCUGAAAAUAAUACUCAAAUGCUUAACAUCAAGUCGAUAAUCAAGGACUUUGAAAUGCAAGUCAAAGAUUUGAAAAUAAAAAACGAGAAUCUUGAAAAGGUUAAUUCUUAUAUGAAAGAACUCAAUGAAAAUAUGCAGGAGAAAAGCAAUAACCUCUAUGCACAGGUAGAAAAUCUAACUGUCAAGCUCAACACCAAAACCCUCAUGCUCUCCAAAAUUGAAAACGAAAAAGACGAAAUUCUAGAGGAGAACCAAGACAAAUUCAACCAAAUCCGUGAUAAAUACAAAAUCCAUAUCGAGCACAUCUCAAUGCAGCUAGAAGACAUCACUAUGAAAUCUAUCAACUACUUGAAAUCCAUGGAAAACAAGGACUCUCUGCUCCAGACCAAGACAGCUCAAAUAGACGCCUUGAACUUAAAAAUAAACGCUCUUGAAAUCGAUCUUGGGACACAGACCAAGGCUAAGGAGGAGCACCUUCAAAACUAUGAGUCCACUGCUAAAAUUCUGAAAGAAGAGCAAGCUCUGCUUGCCUUCUUUCGUGAAGAAGCCAGUCGCAAGGAUAGUGACUGAAAACGCCUCAUGACAGCCUUGACCACGAAGAACAAGCAGAAUGAGACUUUGAUCUUAGAUAAGAACCAGGUUAAAGCCACUGUAGCUAAGCUCAAGCAGAGCUUGAAGAAGGCCGACCAAGAGAUCAAAGCGAAUAGGAUAGAGAUCAGAGAAAUUACGAAGAGGUUAAAUGAAAUGGAAACUGACAAGAAGAUGGCCCUUAAAGAACGAGAUUACCAUUUUAAGAAAGCAAAGGAGCUGGAAGCCAAGUUAGAAAGUAAGAGAGGAACUAACGAGUCAAGGGAGAGUCACCUUUUGGUGAAUAAGAGAAUGAGCACUAAGAAUUUAAUGAGUAGCAAAAAUGUUAGCCUACCCAAGGAUUUUGAAGUAAAGAAUAUGAAAUCUAAUAAGAAAUUACUCGAUGUUGAGGUUAAUAAGGAUCUUCCUAAGAGUGCUAUGGGAAGUUCAGAGAGUCUUGAUGGAUAUAAUAGUUCGAGAGUUAUUGAAAUUCCAGUAGGAAAAGAUGUUGAAACCCAAACUCCUGGUAUAACUGAGCUUUUCCAAAGCUUAAAAGAGAAUUGCAUUUCUCGAGAAAUCCAAGUAAAUUUUGAAAAAGAAACAAAAGAAGUUAAAAUGCAGACUAUUUCAAAACUCAAAGCUAUGAAAGGGGUUCAAACUGAGAGUGAAGUUCAAGUACCUUCACUAAAUAUCAUGGGAAAUUUGAAGAACUAUGAAUCAACAACAUAUGAUCAACCAAACACUCAAAGAACUAUGAUUCCGAAUGAAAUGUCUAUAACUCCACGAGAUCAGAUUCUAACCCAAGGGAAAAACUCAGCUAGUAGAUCAUUAGGCCUUGAUGAUUCUCUCCAAGUGUCUGAAGUUCAAUUUAACAGGGAUGGGAUGCAUCGAAACAUCAGUGAAACUCAUGAUAACUACUUGAAUGGAAAGAUAUCAUUCACCAAGAAGAACAAACCUCUAGUGGUGCUAAAAUAACCCAAAUUUGACAGUAGAAAGAGUCAACCAAAAAGAUUUGUUCGAGAAUAAACAUAAAUCUCAGACUAACUACUUCAAUAAAAGAGCAGAGUCACUCAGAGCCAGAAGAAUUAAGAAUAGACUAGUUUCUCCUAUACAGGAAGAGAACCCUCAUUCAAAUACCCGGCUGCUAGCUAAUUAUUUUAAAAGCAGAAAAGACUUAGAGAAUCCAAAUUUUAGAAAUAGAGAUUUUGAACAAACAUCAAGCCAUUUCCAGAACAUACUGACCUCGAAAUACGAAUCAACUAUGGAUAACUUCUUCGAUUCGAGGAAGAGGAACUUCUCUAAGCUACUUAAGCCUAAAGAGGGAAGGAACUUGUUCACUUCUCCUACUAAAGAGGUGCCUGAAAACACCACGAUCUAUAAUGAAUCUCCAAUGAACACGACCUUUAAUUCUAUCAACACUAAAUUUGUGGUGAAACCCAGAAUCAAGCAUGACUUCAGAAUUGAGGGCAAAAGAGCCAUCAAAAAUCUUAUCAAAGGUGCUAAGAGUAGAGAUAUUUAAUAAAGUUCAAC